AUGAAGUCUGAAAAGGAGCAAAUGACAGGGAGUAGGGAAAGAACUGCGGUCGAAAUUCAGUUCAGAGACGUUCAGAGGGAGCAAGAUAGUGCUGCAGUCAAUUCUAAGCAAAAGGAGGAGAAGAAAGAGAUCUUUACCAAGGUCGUUAUCCGCCGACUGCCUCCCAGUCUGUCGAAGGACCAGCUGGAGGAACAGCUCAGUCCCUUGCCCUCCUACGAUUAUUUCGAGUUUUUCCCUGCAGAUCAAAGCCUAUAUCCACAUCUUUUCUCCAGAGCCUAUAUUAACUUCAAAAACCCUGACGAUAUCAUUCUCUUCAGAGACCGUUUUGAUGGCUAUGUUUUUAUCGACAACAAAGGGCAAGAAUAUCCCGCUGUAGUAGAAUUUGCUCCAUUUCAGAAGAUUUCCAAGAAGAAGCUCAAAAAGAAGGAUGGCAAAGCCGGGAGUAUUGAGGAAGACCCAGAAUACAGAAGAUUUCUGGAGAACUACUCCUGUGAUGAGGAGAAAUCUAUGGCCAAUCCAGAAACAUUGCUGGGAGAGAUUGAAGCUAAAACUAGAGAACUCAUAGCCAAGAGAACAACACCACUCCUAGAAUACAUCAAAAACAAAAAGUUAGAGAAACAGAGAAUAAGAGAGGAGAAGAGAGAGGAGAGACGACGCAGAGAGCUGGAGAAGAAGCGACAGAGGGAGGAGGAGAAGAGGAAACGCAGAGAGGAGGAGAGACGGAAGCGAAAAGAGGCUGAGAAGCAGAAGAAACUUUCUGAGAAAGAAAUCAAGAUCAAGCUCUUGAAAAAAUGCGACAGAGAUGAUGAGAUGGACUCAGACAGACUGGCGAGAGAUAAAGGAGACAGUGGAGAAGCUGAGAGGGGCAAAUGGGAGAAGCCUUCAGGGCACAUGAAGUCAAAGGAGAACAAGGAUAAUAGGACCCAGGCUGAGAGUGAUAAGGAGCAGCGAGAAGGCCACAGCCGGCGACAAAGGGACAGGGAGCACCGGAGUCGCGAUGAGGAGCGUAAACGUCAGCGCCAUCACUACGAAUUUGAGAAGUUCAUGCGACGCAAGGAUGAGACCAAGUGGGGCAAAGGCUAUUGCCAGGACAGAGCCAAGAAAGAGAGUGGCCAUCACCAUGGUUACUCCUACUGUCCUGAUGGAGGAGACAAAAUGGUGAAGGAUGAUGGAGACGACACAGGCAGCAGGAAGGAACGUAUCAGGAACAAGUCUGUGUUAGUGCAUCAGGAGAAAAGGACAUCCCAGUCUGAGGGGCCAGACCAGAUAGGAGGGGCUCUGCCAGCUAAGGAUCGACCUGCUAUGCAGCUGUACCAGCCAGGGGCACGUAACCGCAAGCGCAUGGGCUCUGCUAGCAAGGUCUUUGACUGUGUCCCUCAGUCACCAGAGCAUACCAGAGAGCUCUGUUGUGAUGUUGGCAUGGGAACAGGCUCUGAGAAAAGCGGAGAUGAGUAA